AUGAUAUCGAGGCUUGCCUCUGCGUAUCCAUUAGCGCAGGAGGAGAUAGCGAUCGAUUUGCCGAUGACUCCUCAUCGACGUUUUGAAGAAACUCCAUCGAGACGAGCGGAAACAAACGUGAUAGCUCUCAAUGAAGUGGGAGAUGGGUCAGCUUAUACCGUGGACAUGGUCAUUGAUGGUAUCCUCUUACCUAUACAUGUCGAUACUGGUUCCUCUCAGUUAUGGGUAGCUCAUAGAACUUGUCAGACGUGUAUAAACGCAGGUAUGACCUACAUAGAUGCUGAUCUACCUGAAGGAUGUACUGGUGAUGAAAAGAUAGAAUAUGCGGCUGGGACAGUCUCAGGAUGUUUGGUCAAUACGAGUGUCAGCUUAGGGGAAUAUACCCAGGAGGAUUAUGCUGUUUUAGCUGCGAAGGAGGUAUCAGAGGAGAUAGCAACGAAUGGCGAACUGUAUAGUGGGACUCUGGGUCUAGCAGAUGAUAAACUCACCAACAGUGGCGGUCCCACUGUCAUCUCGGCAUUGUACAAGCAAGGUCAGAUAAACAGCCCAGAAGUGGGAUUCUACCUUGCUGGAAAGAACGGUAAUGCAACGGAAAGUAAGAUGGUCUUGGGUGAUUCGUCCAGCGUGUCCCAUGCCCCAGAUAAGGAGUCCAUAGUCCUAUCUCGAGCGAUUCAGGAAGAUGGUAUAUAUGUCGUGGAUCUGGGCGAUGUUAUAGUGGGGGAAAAGAGCAUAGCUACUGAUCAAGUGGCUGUUCUGGAUACAGGCUCAAUCGGUAUCGGUAUCCCUUCUUCCAUCUCUCAAGAUGUUUUUAAAGACAUAUACGGUGAAAUCAAAGAUGAAGAUGGCGGCAAGAAGGUUUCCUGCCAAUCCCCCAAUUCCAAUACAAUUUCGAUGACCUUUGCGUUGGGAAACAAGCAGUUUGGAGUAAUGUACAAUGAUUUGAUUAGCAAGCCUGAUGAUGAUGGAUUAUGCUGGGCACUGGUAGGCACGUAUCAAGGAGUGGACGAUUCGGAUAAGAAAUGGGUCUUGGGUGAUGCUUUCUUGCAGAAUGUAUAUCAUACUAUCAAUCUCGAGACUGGCGAAGUCAAGCUUUUCGAACUUGAUUAG